AUGGAGCCUUCCAUUGAACUCAACCAUCGAGCGCAACCUACUACGGCUGACUCUCAAGCUCCUCAAAGCUCAACGCCACCACCUCGACUGAGCGUUGAUUUUGGCUGGCGGAAAUUCAAAUCGCUCCUUUCCGACGAAAAUACGCCCAACGCAGAGCCCCUAUACAUCCUCGAAUACCAACUUGCCAAGAAGCGUCUCAAAUUCAAGCGCUAUGCCACCGGCGAGGUAUUCGGCGUCGGCAAUUUGAACGUAUUCAGCAUCGAUGCCGACUACGAAGUCCACGGCCGCAAAGACCAAAUUGUUGCGCAGAGUCGCCUGAAGACUUCCUACGCGCAUCGCUCCACUGCCGCAUCUACUACCGACAAACCAAUCACCCUGACCUGGUCCAGCGAUAGCAAUUUCACGACAUGGGAUUUCGUCUGCUGCGAUGAGCAGCAACUACCCGUGGCUAAGCUCACAAUGAAUAUUUGGGGCCUAAAGAAGAUUGCCCGGAUCGAGUUUAUGGGUGUGGCGGAGCAGAACCUGGAGUUGCAGGAGGAGCUGGUCGUGACUACAUUGACUUUGUCCUAUCAAAUGGCUUUACGGACGGGCAAUCUCUUGAAUCUUGUCGGAGCUCUCUUUGCUCGUCCUGGCCACGAGCCCAAGGCGAGCGGUCCGGGUCGCAAGACUGCUCCCUUCUCGUCCCCUCGGGCUUCCGUUGAAAUUGGACAAUCUGAGACCCCCGCGACUGCGCAACUUGCCUCCGGGACCGAUCUUCAUUCGGCUAUUUAG